AUAUUCAGCUUUCAUCCCUGCUCCUGUAAUUUCCCUACCAUCCUUAACCUUCACCUCCAGGGAUGGAUGGACUGAACUAGAUAAAAAUGGGAAAUCUGAGUGUUUGCUUUUGACACAUCGUCAUUAUAUUUGUUUAUUUACAUGCCAUCUGUGUGUUUAUUGUGGUUUUUGUCUCCUUCUUGUAGCAUCCUCUGAGCACGAUGCACUGCAACGCCGGAGAGCCAACAGGAUCAAACCGGGAAGAGCCGGUGCUGCCGCCCAAUCAACGCAAAGUGGGCGGAAUGGUCACAGCAGACACAUUCCUCUUUACGCACAGCAGCCCAGCCUCCCUCAUUUGUCAUGUUAACAACAUACAAACCAGCACAGUUUGAUUUGAAAAUGAGAAUAGACUGCUUUAACCUCGCUUAGAUCACAUGCAGCUAUCACUGCCCCUCACAUCACAGCAAAACCAAACCCUGCUCACUUGACCCAGAUGUGGCUCCAGGGCUGUUCAGGCAUUAGUGUGCAUUUAUGGGGUAAAUGUGGAGAUGGAGUGAAAGCAAGACAACAAAAGCAAGCUAAUCUAAUUAUAAGAAGCCUAUCAAUGUUUGGAUAGACUCAGCACACGGCAUUCAGCUGCAGUUGUUCACAUUUUGUCAUCACGAGAUGAACAAACCAUCCAUUGUUUUUGGCCAUGAGGUCAAGCUUGCAAAACAGGCUGGCAAUUUGCAGGGAUGAGACACAUGAGAAGGCCAAUAUCAGUGUUAACACAUACAGAAUGAGUAGUGCUGUGAAUGGAGGCUGUUUUAAUUUGGCCCGUCUUAGUUCCCAAUACUUAAGGAUGUUUAAUUAAAUUGAUGCAAAACAUAGUUAGGUGCACAUUCAAUAAAAGAUGUGUCAGGAUUGUUGAACUAAAGCAACACGUUGUCUUAGGCUGGAGAGUCCUCUAGUGGUGGACUAACAGAUUACAACAACUGGCCCAGAGGAGGGUUACCAAUACCAGCCUCCUGCUUUUAGUUUCCGUUUGUUAAAAUGAAAUCAUGUGGAAGGUGAAGGCCAAGGUGGUCCCAGUGAUAUUAAGUCAAUUCAGUUUCAUUUACAAGGCACCAGUUCACAACAUCUGUCAUCUAAUAUCACUUAGUAAAUGGUCUGAACUUAUAUAUCGCCUUUCUAGUUUAUUGAUACUCAAAGUGUCACACAUACAUUCACACACCAAUGGUGACAGAACCUCCACGCAAGGUGCCUUCUUGCCAUCAGGAGCAACUUAAACUUCAGUGUUUUGCCCAAGGACACUUCAGGGCAAGACACAGAAGGAAUCAGUUGUCCAACCUUGCGAUCAGUGGACAACCCGCUCUAGUAUGAGAGUAAAAGACCUGACAGAUUUAGAACAGAAUCCCAACAAUCCAAAGAUAUUAAAGCAUUAAUGACCCCUGUAACCCAGUCAGUCUCCGUCCGUCCGCCCGUCCGUCCGCCCGUCCAUCCAUCCAUCCAUCCAUCCAUCCAUCCAUCCAUCCAUCCAUCCAUCCAUCCAUCCAUCUAUCUACUCUGAAGGGAAAAUACUCUCUUUCCUCUUAUUGAGGUAUUUCCUUGUAGCUGUUAGUGGAAGACAUCCCAGAAUAUCUUUCAGUGACCUUAAAUCAAGUUGUAGAACUUACAGGUCACUCCAGAUUAUCCUACAGGUCAUCACCUUUGACCCUAUUUCCUCCUAAUGUGAGGCUGUCAGCAUGUUUACUCCUUCCCUGUCUUUAAUAUGACCCCGAGAAAAGCUGAACCUGUUGGUUAUGACUAGAUAUUGUCUUGUUGGCGUUCUUGAAUAGGCAAGUUGUCUCCAUAUUGGACCGUAAUCUAAAUAUGGCAUUCCUCCCAACUCUUUAUAGACCCAAGGUUGAAGAGAAUCCUCAGAAUCGGUGCCGGCAACGCUCACAUGAAUAUGCUGCUUUGUCGUAUCACUUCUCCUGACGUCAGUAAACCUUAUUCUCAACAGAAGCCAUCUGAGUGUCUCUGAGUCUGCCUCAUUUGUCUCUCGACAUCGCAGAAUUCCCUAACACCUACCUAAACACAGAUAGACUGUACUGUUGCCUCACCAGCUUCCGCUUCCAGUAAGUAUUCCACUAACCGUUGCAAGGAACCCCACCAUCCAGACGAGUGCAGCACUGAGUUGUUUAUGGGCCCUCAUACUGGAGAGUCAUGUGACCAGGCUCACAGACAAAAAACACACGUUUUGUGUCAAAUCUUGGCUGUUAAAAGCUAGGGAUAGGGAUAUAUUUCUGACAUUCUUGUAAUAAUAGUAUAUAUUUUAACAUACUGAUCAAAAGCAUACUUGGUCUUAACCAGAGUAUUUACAGGAAUCCUACAGAUCCCUCUAGACGGAAAGACAUUUAAAACUGUUUUUGUGUCUGAUAUAAUAUGUCAGAAAAAAAGUUCAGGUUCCAUUUUCAAUUCAUAAAAUGACGCCUAAUUAUACAAAUUCAGCCAAAAUAUACUCAAUAUGCAAAUUUGUGCAUUCUCAAAGUUUGACUUUUGAAUAGAAAACACCUCGUAAUUUAGUGAAAACUCCAUUGUCUGUGCACCAGAGGUUUCAGGUUUUCACAUCACAGUUGCAUAAGCCUGCUGCACACCAAACUCGAUUUUAGACUGGUUGUGAUGCCACAAAACGAUGCUUGCAAGUCCAGAACAAAGAUUUCAGUAGAAUUAUGCAUGUACAUUCAGGUACACAGGUGACAACAGCAAGCAAAACAUGUUGUAAAUUGGAUGAAGACUUUAAUGUAAAUCUAAUUAUAGGAGUAUUUUACAAUAUAAAGCCUGGAUAUUUCCUGUAAAUAGGAAGUUUGUGCCCGAAACUGUGCUGCAUGUAAUCUGUAGUGAAGCUGCUCCUCUCAGCAAUGUGAAAACAAUCAAUUUAAUUCACAGCUCAAACAACACCAUUCAACAAGAACUACUUUACAUCAGACAUGUAUGUUCCCACAUUCUGACCUGCUGUACGAAUAAUUGAAUCUUCUCUGGAUGCAUGCAAAUGACAAGCUUUAUUGUGGGAUUAUGGAGUUAGCUGGUUGCUAAAGCCUCUGCAGAGAGCUACGGAGCUAAAUGUUCCAGGGACUUACACAUGCCAAGCAGAAUGUGUGGAAACCCCCUGUCUCUGCACAGAUCCAGAUUUUGUCACUGUCAUGCAUUUUUUUUCCUGUUGCAUACAUAUAUCUGAUAGAACUGAGCUACUUUAUGUUAGCUUACAUGGUACCCAUGAGGAAACUAUGAUGCUCGGUUCACAUAAGAUGUCCUUGUUGGAUGCAUGGCUAAGUCUUAGAAUUUAGUGGAACAUAUAUGUACUGCGUAUUUGACAGUGGAUGUCUUUGUUGACAACAUUGAAAAACACGUACAUCACUCAAAAUGUGCAUUUAUAUCCAAUAUUUACAUGCAACAAGUAUGCACAGACGUCCUGCAGCAAAGGAAUUCUCAGAUUAUACCCUUAAAUAUGCAUUUCAGGUUAAGAUUAUGCAUUUAUGAGGUCAAACUAAUCAUAUGAAGGUGGAAAAUAUUCAGCUGGAACAAGGCGCCCUGACUGAUGUCCUCUCCAGGUGGGUGCGCUGUGCCUUCACAACAGGCCUAUGCUCAUAUUUAAUCAACAAAUUAGAGGAAUAUUUCAACUAUAUCAGCUAAGACAAACCAGGAAGCUGCAGAUUUGUUGCAGAAUGGUGUAAUAUAUACAGCAGAUGCCACUAUCUUGCAUUGUGAAGCAUCAGAAUUUCGUGUUUUUGGUAUCUGGAUGCAACACAAACAGCUUCUCUGUAUUUUAUGAAACAUUAAAAGUCAGGGAUAGGCCAUAAUAUCAAUAAUGCUGAUUUUGGUCCGUCUAAUAUUUUAACAAAUUUAAAAAAACACGCCUCAGACUGCUGGUGAUUAAUGUCACAGCUGAUUAUUUUAGUCAUAAUUAUGGCAGGCGUGUCCUAGUGGAUCUCAUUAAUAUUGAAAUUGGGAACUAGUUAAAUGGAUGUGAUUUCAUUUUUCUUUUUUUCCCCCUUCCCUUCUCCCCCUUCCCUAUUGUGGUGCAUGAAUUCAUCUUCAACGUGCUCCGGCUGGCGUUGGAAGUAGUUCCGGUGGUUUAGCAGCCGAGCGGAGCACACAGACCCGGGAUCUUCAUGUUGCCGGAGCGCAAACGCGAAUAGCGGGUCGAGCUCCUGCCGUCAUGCCGGCCGAGUGACCACAGCGGCGGUCAGCUGGACGCCUGCAGCCGCUCCGAGCACCGCAGCCCCCGAGUGACAGCGCCGGAGCCACCGCGGGGAGCUUUUGUCUUCGAGGGGGGAAUUUUCAAGUGCAGAAUCGGCGUCUGGAGCUUCUGAGUACGAAAAAAAAGGAGAGAGAGACUGAGCCGGUUCGUAUUCAACAUAUCCAACCUACACCACGCGGCGGCCAUUGCAGUGGCUAAAUGAAGAACUGGUGAACAUGCACGAGGGAAGGACUCUACCUUUCACUUCGGUGACUUCCCCAGAUGCUUUGGCCCAAAGAAAGAUGGAAAGGAAUGGGAAGAGCUUGAGCCAAGACUGCUGCACAGAACCCAUCCAGUGAGCCAACAGGAGGUCCUCCAUACGCCACGUCUCCGAGCCUCGCACCUUUUCCCCCCUUUCGACCCCUCGACCGACUCGCGCCAUGACCUCUGAGCUGGAGAGCAGCCUCACCUCCAUGGACUGGCUUCCCCAGCUCAGCAUGAGGGCGGCCAUCCAGAAGGCGGACGCGGGCCACCACCACGGACACCACCACGGACACCACCACCACCACCACCACACGCACCACCACGGCCACGGGCCUGGCAAGAAGGUCGUGCAUUUGGACCCGGGAACGACGCUGGACCAAGAGGAGGCGGCGCAGCACAGAGACGGGAAACCUCCCUACAGCUACGCCAGCCUCAUCACCUUCGCCAUCAACGGCUCGCCGCGCAAACGGAUGACGCUCAGCGAGAUCUAUCAGUGGAUCUGCGACAACUUCCCCUACUACAGAGAGGCGGGCAGCGGCUGGAAGAAUUCUAUACGACACAACCUGUCCUUGAACAAGUGUUUUCUCAAAGUGCCUCGCUCCAAAGACGACCCUGGAAAAGGUUCCUACUGGGCCAUAGACACCAACCCUAAAGAAGACACCGUCCCCAGCAGGCCAAAGAAGCGACCACGCUCUGGAGAACGGGCAUCGACUCCUUACAGUCUGGAGUCGGAGUCUCUGAGGAUGGACUGCAUCAUGUCAGGAGGAGCGUCUCCCACUCUGGCUAUCAACACUGUGACCAACAAGGUAGCGCUGUACAACCCCGAGGCAGAAGGCAGCGAGAGUCCUGGAAGUUUGGGCGGCAGUCUGAGCAACAGCCUCUCCGAGCAGAGUUUGGCGUCCGUCACCCUGAACAACCUGAACACGGCCGUCAGCAGCGGCAGCAACGUCCACAGCUACACUCCGGUGAGCAGCCACUCGGAGCCUUCGUCCCAGUCCCUGAGCCUCCAGCAGCCCUCCCAGCCGCCGCCGCCGCCUCCUCCGCCCCCCCAGCCUCAGUACGGUCUGCCCGUCCCGGAGUCGAGGGACAAGCAGCUCUGCUUCUCGGACUUCGAGGACCUCAGCGCUUCUUUCCGCAGCCUUUACAAAUGCGUCUUUGAGCAGUCCUUCUCACAGCAAGCUGGUCUGAUGAGCAUCCCCGGUGACUCCAGCCAGCAGGCCCGGACCGCCUGCUCCUACCAGCACUCUCCCGGCGCUGGAAGCGGCGGCGGCCACCACCACCAACACAACCACAGCCAGACGUCCCACCACCCCCACCACCCUCACCUCUCCCCACACCCGACUCACGGUCAGCACCAACAGCACUCCGGUCACUCCCAGCAGCACCCGUCGCUCUCCCACCAGAGCCACACAGUACAGACCUGCCCCACUACAGGUAUGUCAUCAGACUGGUAUCCCAACCUGGACUGGCUGAAGGAAAGCUGCCGCGUCGCCACCAGCUACAACUGGGCCGACGUGGACCUCUCCCCGUUUCAGGGUCUGAAGGAGAGCAUGCGGCAGGCCGAGCUCAACAACUGGUCUCUGGACGCCGCCCAGAUGGCCGACCUGUGCUCCUCCAUCAACCAGUUCUUCACGGCCACCGGGGUGAUCCCCCCUCAGGGCGCCGCCCACCCUCAACCUCAGGUCCAACACCCGACUCCACCGGGAGCAGCGCAGCACCCGACUCAGCCACACGGAGCCCUGCACCCGAAGCCCAGCCAUCACAGUCAGCACGGCCAACACAGCCAACACAUCAGUACGGGGAACAUGUACAUGGACUCCAGACAGAAUAUUCCUUCUCUGAUGGGCCCUCCAGGAUAUCCACACAUGCCUCCCAUGAGCAGCACGACUCCCGCCAUGACAGGUGACUCCUCCAUCGCUCUCUUAACAGGUCAUCACAGCCAGCUGAGCCAGCAACACUCGCUGCCUCCGGGACACUUUCAGGUGAGACGGAUGCUCGCUGCCGACGACAUCCAGGACGACUUCGACUGGGACUCCAUCGUCUAAACCGAGUCGGACAGGAAGGAGGGACCUGAAAUGUAAGGGGGAGACGCUGAGGCCAUGUGUGAUGUUAGUGAGGUAUGGAACUGACCGACCUUCCACCCGUGUGAAGAAACAGACGACAAUCCAACAAAAACACAAACGGAAAGUGAUUUUUCUAGUCAUGCUGGCCUUUUGUUUCCUGAAAUGAGCGAUGAGUCUAAAGACAAUCAUUUAAAAACAAACAGAGACGGGACAGACUGUGUUGGACGGGGAUGUAUCGUCCAAGCGGCAGAAAAAAGGACAUCUGAAGCUCUCCGUACCGUCUCAUGUCGUGUCCCCCCCAGUGCCAACAGGGUUACAAGUCGCCAAAGUGUCGUCAAAUCGUCCGUGAAUCGUUUUGUUUUCUGAUUCUGUUCCCUGCUACAACUUGUGUCCCACGUCCGCCUGUGACUGAAACGAACAGAAACAAACUUGUCUUCUCCAAAACUCUCUGCAGAACAAUCACAUUCUCUUAGUUUUCCACUGAGCAUGUCCAAACAUUUCAUCCUUUCUUUCUUGUGUUUUUCCACUCUGUUGCUGGGCAUCUGAAAGAGGGAAGGAAGGUGCAUCAGGCUGGAUCAGUGAUGGAUGCAGCACCACCUGCUGGUUAAAACAAGCACCGGUUUGCUUUGUUUGCUUCAAAAAAAAAGAUCUAUGCACCACAAUCUGUUCUUUCCUGGUACUUUUUCGGCCGAUUUUAAGCUCUUUUCAGUCUGUUUUGUCCCUAAAAUGCGGUGUGUGUGUGCAGCGGUCCGUGGUGCCAUGUUCUCAGGGUGUAAUAUUCACAUUUCCAUCUCUGUUUGUGAGGUUAACUGCGUGUCGUACGGUACCGUCAGUGUUCCUGUUGGCUAACAGCAAGCAUCCCCGCGACUGUCGUCAAAAGAUUUUUUUUUUAAAUCUUCAUUUUUUUCAGCUGUAUAAGCUAACAAAAUACUGUGGAAUAAGCUUUUCAGUAGCUCAAAUAACAGCCACUAAUUAAAAUGUACACGAGACGCUGGCUAGACUCGGACUACAUCCACAUUAAUGCUUAGUUUUCUGAGAUAUAAUUCAGUUUUUUUUUUUCUGUAAUUUUGGGAAAAGUGCAUAUCGUUAAUGAGCGGGCAGAGAGAGCCUCAUUUAGGAGAAGACGAGCAUUUUUUUGCACAACACCGAGCUUGAUAGCAUCCAGUGAACGGGGAGAAGCAAAAGAAAAGCUUUUUUUUUUAAAAAUUUAUUUGUUUCAAAAGACAUUCAAAGAAGAAAAAAAACAACAGAUCAACAAGGGAGCAAAGACUAAACGAAAUGCUCAGCUUUGUUUUUUCACUGUGAUGUUAAUUUUGUCUGUGUGUACAAGUGUGUAUAGUCCUCUCUGAUUUCCUUUAGCGUACAGCUUCAUACGGCUCAAAAAAAACACAGAAGAAACUGAUGAAUUUCUUCGUUUUAACGCUUUAAGAUCCCACAUUUCUCACAUUGGCGUAUGGGAGCUUAAAGCUUUAAGGUUGAUUGUUCAGGUUGUCGAAACAAGGUCUCAUAGUCGGUAAAAAAAGAAAGAAAAAUACUCUUUAUUAUUACCAUUUAAUGCUGUAUUACAGUGACCAGCAUAUAUAUCUUCUAUGUUUGUGUGUUGUUGUCCUUGUAAAUAACAGUAUGUUAUCCUCUGUUUGCCCUUGAAAAACACGGACUGAUAAAAAAAAAAAGAAAAAAAGAAGCAGCAAAUGGAGAUGUUUUUUUUUUUUUUUGUUAUUUUGUCCUUCAGGAGAAACACAUUAUGUACAUACCUUCAGUUUAUUGUAAAUAAGUGAUUUAAAAAAACAACAACAACUGGCAUUGGCAUUUUGUGUGUCAUAAAUAAUCUGUGUAUGGCGGUUCAGCGGUUAAAAAAAUCUGUUUCAGUGUUUAUUAAAAAGUCAUGGACCAUUUUUACUGCGCUAA